GGCCGUUCGUGAACAGAAACAAUUGGAAAUCAUAAAGCCACGGCCGAAGAUGGGGAGAUUCGGGCUGAAAACGCUUCUGCCUGCUGUGAAAAGUUUGUGCCGAUCGAAGGAAUUCCUCUGCAUGUCCUGUGAUGGUCGGUGAGGACCGGGGGGAAGAGCAGGCGAUCGGUGUGGCAGGAGCCGACCCUUCGAGAACCCACGAAGGUUUCGUCAAAGAGGACCUCCACCGAAGAGGACGAUUGAAAUCUGCACAGUCGGUGGAACUUCAGAUUCAGAAGGCUUGGAGGGACUAAGGCAAGACUAGAUCUAAAUUGAGGGGAAUAUUUUGAAGACAGCAGCCCCCAAUCCAGAGGGCAAACCCCAUCAUCAUCAGCAGUCACCCUGGCCAAGACAGCAGCCAAAAUUCGCGACCGCUUCAAUUAAGGCGCUAGCUCGGCACCGGUCCAACGCUUUGACAGGCAACCACAAUACACCGAGGUCAACCCCGGCGAGGAUGCCAAACUUUCGUGCACCGUGCACCACAAGAAAGGUCACUGCUCGUGGCAGAAAGAUGGAAAGCCCGUCGGAAUGUACCCUAAGAAGUACGAGUGGGCAGCCGGCGGGGCUGCGAUGGGCCCCGGGGGUCCGAUGCCCCCUCCCGGCGGCGACUGCAGCAUCUGGAUCCGCAGUGCCACGAUCGAGUUCGACGACGGCGAGUGGGAAUGUCAGGUGACCGCCUCGGACUUCGCCUCGCAGGACGCCCUCACGUCCAACCCAGUCAAACUGGUCGUCAGAGUUGCUCCGCAGAGGCCCAGAAUCGAGUAUAAUGCAACGCAAAUGGCGCCCGGACAGAACGUGAGUGCCAAAUCUGGUGAGAGAGCUUCCUUACGCUGCAUUAGCCGCUACGGCAAUCCUCCAGCCAAGCUCAAGUGGAAACUCGGAGACGAGCCUUUGUCAGACACGGGCAACCAAACGUCCGUCCGCGAGCAGGACAACCCGAAGACGUGGUCGACAAGUUCCGUCCUCGACCUGGCCGUCGUCAAGAGGCACCACGGUCGCAACUUGCGCUGCGUGGCCGUGCACGACUUGUACCCGGAGAAGUCGUUAGACGUGGACGUCAAACUGGACGUCAGAUAUCCACCCGAGGUCAGACUAGUCGGAGCUCCAAGCAAGGACGUCGAAGAAGGUCGCGAUGCUGUCGAACUGAAGUGCGAAUCCGACGCCAACCCCCCCGCUACGGUCAGCUGGAGACGCUCUCAGAGGGCGGAAAUGCUCAGUGUGGAGCCCACCCUGACCCUGAGACCCGUUCGCCGGUCCGACACCGGCACCUACACCUGCCAGGCUCGCAACGUCGUCGGUGCCAGUCAACCUCUCUCGGUGCACAUCGACGUCAAGUAUCCCCCGAGGAUUCUGCACGUGGGCCCCGACAGGAAGGUGACGGCCUCGCUGUUCUCGCAAACGUCGUUCGCGUGCGAGGCCGAGGGCAACCCGCCGCCCUCGAUCCAGUGGCUGCAGAAGCUGCCCAUCCACCCGAUGGCGAUCGCCGACGGCUCGGCCGAGGAAAAGGUGAUUCUGCGCGGCGCCGAGCCGCGACUCGUGCUGACCAACUUGACCUACGACCACCAAGGGGAAUACGUGUGCAGAGCCGCUAAUAAGAUCGCCAACGUCGAGCGACCCAUCCAGAGCGAGCCCAUUCCGGUGCACGUCAAAGGUGCACCUCAAGUGGUACGUCGACCAAACACCGAAAUCUACGCGGCCCGAGGCCACGACGCUAUCAUCAGGAUGGUGGUGUGUGCAGACCCAAGGCCGAGGAGGAUCUCCUGGGAAUGGGGCAGCAUGCAGCUGGAAGCCGGAAUGAUCAUGGGCAGAUAUAAAGCAGACGAACUCACCCAGGACGUGCGCGAAGACUGCUACGAAGCGCGAUUCCACAUGAAGGGCGCGGACGCGGCGGACGCGCGGAGCUACACGUUGACCGCGGAAAACGAGCGCGGCUCCGACCGGCACACGGUGCUGCUGGCCGUCCGUGGUGAGCAGGAGAUCGUGGAUGAGGACACCGCCCGCACCCGCCUGCACAGCAAUCCAGUCUCUAUGAUUGCAAUGAUUGGCAUUUUAGCAGCAGGAAUGAUCAUCCUACUCAUCACCGCGUGUGUUCUAAUCUGCGCCUACCGCAAAGAGACGUGCUGUUUCAAACCCGAGCCAAUUAAUUCGUUGAUUGAUGGCAUUUAUGUCAAGCCCACCGGAGUGACAGCUUCAGGUCGAAAUGAUACCCAGCCGACCAGUGGAGAACUGAAUAGAGCGUGGUGCUAUCUGUCGCCUAACAGCUCGGUGGCGUGUAUUGCGCCCGGUGAUGCCCGCAGUGAGAAGUCGCCUGGCGGCCCCCUGACGCAGUCGCGCCGCUCCAGCCACGACUCGAACGGCGCCCUCGCCAGCCCGCCCAUCUACACGACGUCGCCGCCGCGGGGUGGGCCCCGCAUGAUGCAGGGUGCCGUCGUGACGACGGCCACCGGUGCGUACCACCACACAGGAAUCAGCCACCCAAUUAGCUCAGCAGAGAAGGCACUGAUGCGUGGCGCUAAUUUCCCGGCCCAGGCGUUCCACUCGAGGAGCUUCGGAGGUUCGGCGUCGACGGACACGGUGUUCGCCACCUUGCAAGUGCCUCGGAUCAGCAACAACGGCUCCACCAAGGUGGCCGUCAACAGAGGCGUCGUCCACUCCAUCUACCGACCCCUCGAGUACGCCGACAUCUGAUCUUUCUCCCCGAAAAAACGUGUGGCACAGACACUUGACCCAGCUGAUAAUUAUUAAUAUUUAAAAAUUUAAAAAAAAAUAAUAAUAAUGCGUUGUGAACAAAAAAAUGAAAAUGAUCACUUUGAUACGCGCGACUAACUUGACUAGUUAGCGGACGAGAAAUGAUGCUGUUGAAGAGCUGGACCAACCUUCCAACGCUGAGACAAGACAGAGAAGAAUUUCCUGGUAGUUUUUUCAUUGCCAGCGCUUAUAACGAAUUCUUUUGUAUUUUUAUAAAUGUGCAUUUUUCCGUUUGUUAUUUAUUUAUUGUAAUAAUAUGUACUGCAUGAAUAAUAUAAUAUAAAUGAUAUUUAAUUACCACCUUAAUUAUUACAAAGGCAACUGGUUACCCGUCGCACCGUUUUUUUUUUAUAAUUUUUUUUCGGUGGUUUAUUUAUGAUCACUGAUUUAUUUGAAUGCUCAUAUUGAUUAUAAGUUUAACCAAAAAGUGCGCUGGAUAAGUGGACGUAAAAAUAGAAAAAUGUAUCUGUUUGAAGAAGAAGUUGAUACUCAAGGAGAAGAUUUUGAAAACAAAGAGAUUGGGCAAAAAAUUGGGCAAAAAGGCUCUACCAAUUUCGGUCACGGUCUGCGACCCUAUUUCAUGAGCAAGAAAGGUACAAAAAUAUCUACAUUGAUGCAUUACCGAAAAAUAUUAAAAGUUGUAAAAAUGAUGAUGAGCUUGUAAUGAAGGUGAAAAAAUAUGUGUUGGAAAACCAGUUUUAUGACAUGGGCGAAUUUUUCGCUCUAAAUAAUUAGCAAUACUCUUUAUUGACCUCUUUUGCAAAAGCUUAUACUGUAAAUGUAUAAAUUAGCUUAUAUCAAAAUUAAAUAAACUUGAACUUGAACUUGGAAGCAACAAAAUUGAAAAAAAACCAAACAUUUAAAUGGAAAAAAAUUAAUUUUGCUGAUUUUUUUUGUACUGUUCUUGCUUAUGAAAUAGGGUCGCAGAUCGGGACCGAAACCGGUAGAGCCAUUUUGUUUUUAAAUAAAAAAAAAUUGCCAUCUCUUCAUUUCCAAAAAUAAAAUUAAUUUGAAUUUUUCGUUUCGCACCAGCAUUUUUUCCAGCUGCCGGCCUCUUAAUUCUGAUCGCAAACAGCCAACACAGAAACCAUAUCCUCUAAUCUGUAACAAUUUGUAAUGAGAUAAUUAGCUCUCUUAACUCUUCUCUAUCUCACUGCCAAAAGUUUUAACACUCUUCAUUUUUCCACCGGGUUUCAAUGUUCUUACGAAGCGCAUUUUAAUGAUAUAAAUGAGAUGGUAUAUUGCUUAUUAACUGUUGAAACUUAGAUGUUGUUUUGCGCCGAUUUCCGAGUGAAAGGAAUUAAAAUUAAAUUCCUUUUAUUCCGAAAUUUGCUCUUCAUAAUAAGCUGUUCAAACAAAUUCACGGUUGAUUUCCCUUUAUAAAAAAAAAAACGUUCCAAUAGUUGGCCUAACUACGCCGAAUCCUGUCACUAUAGCUCUCUGAUAUAAUAUAAAUGUACGAACACACUUUCACUGAUCUAGACGCUAUUUGCACUGAAAACUGUUCAUGAAAACAAUGAAUGUCAACAUAGUUUAUCAAUUAAAUAUAACACAAUGUGCGUUGAAAUUUUAACCGCUGACGAAGAUGAUUUUAUGUGAAGAUCGAUUUUACCGCUGUUUCACUUUUACCAAUUGGAUUCGUGGUUAUGUGUUGAGAAGUUUCAAUCAAUAUAGAUGUGGAAAAUUUCCGUUUUUCAUCUUAUAAUGAUAUCAAAUUGGCUGGCAAUGUGUAUGUGUUUUUAAAAUUUUUGUAGCGAAAAACGGUUAUUUCUGAUCUCUAAGCGAAAACUUUGUCACAUUUUCAAAAAAAAGGCGUUUUUUAUUUGGAUUAAGUUAUAAAUGAAAAGUGUACAUAUGAACGAAAAGUGGUAUUUAAAUGAUAAUUUCACCUUUUGGAGUUUGUACAGGUGUGUAAAAAGUUAAAACCGAACGAGGGACAAAAGCAGUGACUCUGAGAAAUGUAGGUUUUUGCGAGUAAAUCUAGCGAUAGCAGCAUAAGAGAGUUAUUUUAAAAAGUGACACACGAGAUUGAGUGAAAAGGCUGUUUUAAUAAAAGAAAUUGAAAGAAGUCUUGCUUUAGGAAAAUUUUUAUUUGUGUAAAUUUUAAGGCUUUUGACUUCGCAAAUGAAUAAUAUUUAUUCCUGGUAUGCGCCGCUUGUGGACUGUUUGCGUGUGCACCGAUUGUGUAUUAAAAGCAGCAGAGCGAAAAACGACGCAGCUGCUGAAUUUAUGGAAUCAUGUAAUUUUAAAUCUAUGGUUUCUUAAUUGCGCUGAAAAAAUCCAGUGUAUAUUAAUCUCUAGGCGAGACGAGGGAUGAACGAAUUAAAAAAGAAAAAUGACCUUAAUCUUAUUACCGUAGUAAAUGUUAAAUUAUGACGAAUUGAUAAAUGAACUUCCAAAUGAGCAUGGCAUGAGUGUAUAAAAAAAAAAUUAAAAGAAAAACGUAACAUGUGAAAUUGAUGUUUGUACAAUAUUUGUCUAUGUAUUAGUCCUGAAUGACACACUUGUAAAUAAAAACGAUGCAAAAA